UUCUCUUUUUCUAUCGUGUUGUCUUCGAACUUCUAUAUUUUACAACUCCAUCAACGAUAUAUUAUUAUAUUAUAUCACACCGCUACAUGAAGAUGGAGGAGUUGUUUGGCCAAGUUCAAAGACACUUGAAAUAUGAUUGCCUUCUUUUCGAUUUAGAUGAUACCCUAUACCCAGUUAGUUCUGGAUUGGCAGCUGAAGUGUUGAAGAACAUCAAAGACUAUAUGGUUGAAAAGCUUGGAAUUGAUAAGGAAAAGAUUCCUCAACUAUGCAAUCUAUUAUACAAGAACUACGGUACAACCAUGGCAGGCAUUCGUGCAAUUGGGUACGAUUUUGACUAUGAUGAAUACCACAGUUAUGUUCAUGGAAGAUUACCAUAUGAAAAAUUGAAGUCGGAUCCUGUUUUGAGGAAUCUUUUGUUAAGCUUGCCAAUUCGCAAAGUUAUAUUUACAAAUGCUGAUAAGAUUCAUGCCGCUAAAGUUCUAAGUAAACUUGGAUUGGAAGACUGUUUUGAAGGCAUCAUCUGCUUUGAGAGUCUGAAUCCGGUUCAUAAUAGAAACACGGUAUCUCAUGAGGUUGAUGACGUGGAAUUUGUGGGAUCAACAACAACAUCUUUUUCUUCUUUUACAACAAGUAGUGAAAAUAGUAUUAGUAACGCCAUCAUCCCACACCAUGAGAUAUUUGAUAUAGUUGCACAUUGUUCAACAACUUAUAAGAAUAAUUCAUCAACAACCGUCGUCGAUGAUGAGUUACCAAAGUCACCAAUUGUCUGCAAGCCAUCCGAAGAUGCAAUUCAAAAAGCCCUCAAUAUUGCUAACAUUGACCCUCAAAGAACGCUAUUUUUUGAGGAUAGUGUUCGAAACAUUCAAUCUGGAAAACGUGUAGGUCUAGACACUGUUUUGGUUGGGACAUCCCAUAGAUGCAAAGAGGCAGAUUAUGUAUUAGAAAGCAUCCACAACAUGAAAGAAGCAAUACCCGAGCUUUGGCAAACCGAUAACUUGCCGCAACUAUCCGAUGCUAAGGUCAUGGUCGAGACAUAUGUCACCGCCUAAUUUAUUUAUUUGUAAUGUAUUGUACAUUGUACAUUAUAUAUAUAUAUAUAUGAGCUAGCAAUGGCCGGAAAAUGUACCACCAUAUAUGUCCCAUUCAAUGAUCAAAUAUGUAUUAUAUUAA